AUGGCCCGCCUCAUUGAUAUGAAACAGUUGAGAGGGAUCUGGAUAAGGAAGACAACUGAGUAUAGUGAUAAUGAAGAUGGAAAACACCUGACUUUGGACGAAAUCGUGGAGUUGGAUGUGUUCAAUCAUAUUCAAGUAUUGAGUAUUCGUGAUUUCAAAGUAACAGUGCCUCUUGAAACAUUUCUUCAUAUACCAGAUCUGACAGUGACCAUUUCAACAAUCACUAUUGAAGAUGUUCUGUUGAUAAAGGAGAACAUGAUGACUUCUCCAACUGCCAAAUCUCGUAGGGUUUAUUAUGAUUCUAUAAAAGACGCGGAUACAUUACACAACACCCUUGGACAUGCGAAUCCUGACUUUAAUGAAGAAUCCUGGUACUUCAAACUUCCGGGAUUAGAUCAAAUCCUCCAAAUCAGCUGGAAAUGGCAUGACACUUGUUUUUCAUUUACAUGGAACAAAACUUCAUGCAUUUAUAAUAAUGCGGUUGUUUAUUGA